AUGGGAAACGAGUAUCGAAGCCUAAAGGGAUGCUGGACCUGUCGUGUGAGAAAGAGGAAAUGUGACGAGAAAGUUCCAAUCUGUUCAGCCUGUGGAUCUCUGGAGCUGGAGUGCCACGGAUAUGGAGAGCAGCCAAUUUGGAUGGAUCGAGGCUCGAGACAGAAGGCAGAAGCGAUAAAGAUCAAACAGAUGGUAGCGGAAGUGAGGAGACGAAGACGCAGGAGGGAAAGUUCAAGCGAAAAUUCCCUUUCAUUGAAGAAUUCAAGAACAAACUCUCAUUCUCGGCACUCCAGUCUCAGCUCAACCUUCGUUACAACCCCUACAACCACACAAAGAUACUCCUGGGGGCUUGAGGCUGUCUUCCCUGCAGCCUCUUCCCACUCACACGGCUCUGACCAUGAUUUUGCUCCAUCAAAUGAUGAUACAUUGUCGGAUUUUCUUUCUACCGACUUGUUUUUCCCCGAUUCACAAGCCUUAUCACACGAGAUCGAACUUCUUCACUCUAAUAGUUAUACAUUUGAGUGUGAUCUGGUAUCUUCACCCAACAUCCAAUUACAAGCCAACAAAGUUGCACGGCCUCAGCAGGCAAACGUCCCGGAAUUGAUGUCUGGAUUUGGACACUCUUCUUCCCAGAAAAACCUCGCCGUCAUCUCCAAUAAAUCAGCGCUGGCCAUCGAUAAAUUGGGAGACGCUACAAUAUUGGCUUAUUAUUUCGAGAAAGUGUUUAACUGGCAGUUUCUGUCUUGCCAAUCACAUUUGUCAGCCUUCAACCAGGGACAUAUCAUGUGGCUAGUCUCCAAGUCACAGCCACUAUACCAUGCUACAUUGGCGUUGAGCAGUUCGCACAAAUACCUCCAGACAAAUAUAACCAUCGAUGAGCACACACCCCAAUAUGACGUGGCGAUCAAAGAACUUCAUAAUGAGUUGCAAGAUCCAAAAUCAUACGAAGAUGUCUCGAUAUUAGCUUGUAUAGUUAUGUUUUUGCAUUCUGCCCUUUUAUACAAGUCAGUAACUUCUGACUGGUGCUUGCAUCUCCAAGCGGGUAUCUCAAUCGUAACUUCUUGGAUCGAUAAUCAAGAUCAACAUUAUGCUUUCGGCUCUUCGUUUGCUGAGGAGACAGACGCCGAAUCAAGCACUAUCAAGUCAGCUAAAGUUUUUCUCGUUGGUUGCAUCAUCAGAUUCGACUUGUUAUCAAGUCUCACCAGAAAUUCUGUCCCAGCGUUGAAUAGACGUUAUCAACAAUUUCUGCACGCAUCUUCUUAUAGUUCACCUCUACAAGCAGCUUUGCAGUGCCGCAGUUGGCUUUUCAGCAUACUCUUGGACGUAUAUUCCCUACGUGAAUGGAAAGAGAGAAAAGAGGUUAAAGGGCUACUUAGUUUACGAGAACUGGUAUCUAAAGCCUUCCCAAUCAAGAAAACAUUAGAAAGGGGCAUUUCCAUGAAUAUGGAAGAGAUUAACAACUUCAAGCAGAAUCUUGAGAGCAUUGAACAAAGUACGAGCACUAAGCCUCAACAGCCAAGCUACAAUAUACUCGUUGUGACACACAUUUUUGCAUGCUCUGUGUCCAUCUUUCUGGAAGUGGUAUUAUCUGGAGCCUUGCCGAAAUUGCCAGAGAUCCAACAUGAAGUUCAUCGAGCACUUGAGUCUUACGCUUACAUCAACGAUCCCGAUCUCUUAAAUGUAUUGCGCUGGCCACUGUGUGUGGCAGCAUCUGUAGCAGAGCCAGAUCAGUAUGAUUUCUUUAGAAGCUUGCUGACUUCCCCAAAUGUAGUGUGGAUCGGCACAUUUCGUGAAUCGUUGGAGCGUCUUGAAGAGUACUGGCGAUCAAGUCUAGAUGCGGAAUAUACUGAUGCUAGUGUUGAGUCUGCACGUUCUCGGAAAUUCAUGGCUUGGGAUAUCUUGGUUUCAUAG